AUGCCGGCACAGAAGCGAAGUCGACAUCACGAGCUCCAAACAUCACCCGCAUCCUCUCACUCUCCCAGUAUACCUCCAUCGCCAUCAAUACUGGAAGCUCAGGACUUUAUUCGCCGGGAGAUCAAGACCGGAAAUCACAUGCCCGCGGAUAGGCUAGCUGUUUUGAAAGAGGCUAUGUCCUUUGUGAACCAUCUCUCUCAAAUCAACAAGCCAUGGGGCCGCACUAACUCACCUACUACGCGAGUUCUUGAUGUACUGGAAGACAUAUCGUACCCUAACAUCGAGGUUCUCUAUUGGAUGGUCCGUGACUUGAAAGGACGCAACCUUGGACCCCAUGUGAUGGAUUACUUUAAGCACGUUUCUCCAAAAUCUCUCAAGAACAUGGGACACGCAUUGAUUUACAAGACCGUGGAUCCUGAGACCCUGCUACUCUAUUCAAUCUGCGUAAACUCCGCUGCCUUCAAGUUUAUCAAUACUGUGCUAGGGGAGGACAGUAUGGGAGAAGUUGGAGCGGGUAUGCUUGAAAGUGCUUCAAAGUAUCUCAAGAGUAUUAAGCUGGCCAUGACGCGUAUUCACCUGCUGUCUGCUCCUUCGCUUGUUCUCCUACAGUCACUUCUGUGCAGUGCGUUCAUCGCGCAAGGCGCUGGAGAGUUGACACAUUGUUGGACGUUCAUCACAGCUGCUUGUAGAAUGUGCGAAGAUCUAUGCCUUGAAGCCCAGGUGAAAGCCUGCGGAACCGAGACAGAUGAUGACAUGGAGAUCUACUACUGUUAUACAUGGUGUCAUAUCCUUGACAAGAACUACUCCAUGAUGCAGGGAAAGAGCCGCUUUCUGCUUGAGUAUGAUGGCUUGGAUGCGGCAUUGUCGUCGCCCUUCAACAAAGACAUGUCAUCUCUGCUAUCUACUUACUUGUACUUCGUCCCUAUCCAGGCGAUAUACAUGUCGGAACUUCAUCCAGAUCGGAUUUCGAACAAAAAGUCGCUUCUAUCAAGAGUCGAAAUUGUGGUCAAGGAUUUGCUUGAGAGAUUGGAGCAGGUAUACAGCAGAAUAACGAGUUUGCAUGCUGCGUCGGAGUCGUGGGGUGGCCUACACGUUGCGAGUGAGCUGAGUACCGUUCAAUUCUCAUAUCAUUCGCUCCGGACUUCUAUUCUACGCUCAAGACAGAUCUGUCAGCCCGCAAAACCGCAUAUUGACAUCGAUUGUCUUCACUCCGCGCGUAUGGCUAUGACUACUCUCAAGGUCAUUCAGAAAGAGUCUAUGACCAUCACUGAUGUUCGAGCACACAUAUCGUAUAUGCAUUGGACCGUACUCUACCACCCAUUGACGCCUUUCUUCGUCCUGUUCUGUAACAUUGUAGCCUCGUCCAACGAGUCAGAUUUUGAGUUGCUUACCACCGUUACGUCUCAGCUCGACGGACUUGCGGAUCUGAGCCCUCCGAUUGCCAAAUUACAGACACUCUUCAAGUCAUUCCUUGGGCUUUGCGAAGGUCUUGUCACCGGAACCAAGGAUACGUCACCAUACGUAGCGCAAUGCAUGCACCCCCAGCAAACCACCGGACAGGACCGAGCAGUUACGUCUGCACCGCAGCCUCCUGUCCAGUUAGCUGGGGGACAACUGCAGUUGCCUAUGAACACGAAUGGGACCAACGCGGAAUACACAAAUAUGGUUCAGCCCGCUGACGAUGUGGCGAUGGAGUUUCCGAUCGAUAAUGGUUUAGGCUUACUUGACCCAAGCUGGGAAUUGUUCGAUACCCAACCUACCAUGGGAUGGCUGGAUGCCGACUUCUCGUUCUUUGAUGGCAAUCAAUGA